AUAUAAACUAUCCAGAGUACAUUGGCGGACAAACGGUAGAUGGCAGCAACAUGUCUGCGGUUUCGUGAAGAAGCGGAAGAAGAAGAAGAAGAAGACACACGGCAUUGUGGGUACUGUGAUGGUAGCUGGCGCUCGGUGAGACGGAAACGUUUCGUUGCCUGUUCGCUUCGUUUAGUAGCUGUUUAAGUGAGAUUUUAACGUUAUUCGUCGUUUAAACCUUCCGCCAGAAUGGCGUCUACGGCGGCAGGCAAACAGCGGAUACCGAAAGUGGCGAAGGUGAAGAAUAAAGCUCCUGCAGAGGUUCAGAUCACUGCGGAGCAGCUGCUGAGGGAAGCCAAAGAGAGGGAGCUCGAACUACUGCCCCCACCCCCGAAACAGAAGAUCACCGAUCAGGAGGAGCUCAAUGACUACAAACUGAGGAAGAGGAAGGGCUUUGAGGACAACAUCAGGAAGAACCGCACUGUCAUCAGUAACUGGAUUAAAUACGCACAAUGGGAGGAAAGCCUGCAGGAGGUGCAGAGGGCUCGUUCCAUUUACGAGCGAGCGCUGGACGUCGAUCACCGCAACAUCACUCUGUGGCUGAAAUACGCCGAGAUGGAGAUGAAGACCCGCCAGGUGAACCACGCCCGCAACAUCUGGGACAGAGCCAUCACCAUCCUCCCACGAGUCAACCAGUUCUGGUACAAGUACACCUACAUGGAGGAGAUGCUGGGAAACGUCGCCGGCUGCAGGCAGGUGUUUGAGCGAUGGAUGGAGUGGGAGCCCGACGAACAGGCCUGGCACUCCUACAUCAACUUCGAGCUGCGCUACAAGGAGGUGGACAAAGCCCGCACCAUUUAUGAGCGAUUUGUCAUCGUUCACCCUGAGGUGAAGAACUGGAUCAAGUACGCUCGCUUCGAAGAGAGGCACGGCUACAUCGCCCACAGCAGGAAGGUGUACGAGAGGGCGGUGGAGUUCUUCGGGGAGGAACACGUGGAAGAAAACCUCUUUGUGGCCUUUGCCAGGUUUGAGGAGACUCAGAAGGAGUUCGAGCGAGUUCGGGUGAUCUAUAAGUACGCUUUGGACAGAAUCCCUAAACAUCAGGCACAGGAGCUGUUCAAAAACUACACCAUGUUCGAGAAGAAGUUUGGUGACCGCAGAGGAAUCGAGGACGUCAUCGUCAGCAAGCGAAGGUUCCAGUACGAAGAGGAAGUUAAGGCAAACCCACACAACUACGACGCCUGGUUCGAUUACCUCCGCCUGGUGGAGAGCGACGCCGACCCCGACACGGUGAGAGAGGUCUAUGAGAGAGCCAUCGCCAACAUGCCCCCCAUCCAGGAGAAGAGACACUGGAGACGAUACAUCUACCUGUGGAUCAACUACGCUCUGUACGAGGAGCUCGAGGUCAAGGAUCCAGAGAGAACGAGGCAGGUUUACCAGGCCUGUCUGGAACUCAUCCCCCACAAGAAGUUCACGUUUGCUAAGAUCUGGCUGCUCUUUGCUCAGUUUGAGAUCCGACAGAAGAGCCUGCAGGCAGCCAGAAAGAUCAUGGGCACGGCGAUCGGGAAAUGCCCGAAGAACAAGCUGCUGAAGGGUUACAUCGAGCUGGAGCUGCAGCUGCGAGAGUUCGACCGCUGCAGAAAGCUGUACGAGAAGUACCUCGAGUUCACCCCCGAAAACUGCACCACCUGGAUCAAGUUCGCAGAACUGGAGACCAUCCUGGGGGACACUGAUCGAGCUCGUGCCAUCUUCGAACUCGCCAUCGGGCAGCCGCGGCUGGACAUGCCAGAGGUCCUUUGGAAGUCCUACAUUGACUUCGAGAUCGAGCAGGAAGAGUUUGAAAACACCAGAAACCUUUACAAAAGGCUGCUGCAGCGCACUCAGCACGUCAAGGUUUGGAUCAGCUGUGCUAAAUUCGAGCUGUCAGUCGACGGCCCCGACCGGCUGCAGAAGUGCCGGCAGAUCUACGAGGAGGCCAACAGGGGCAUGAGGAACUGCGAGGAGAAGGAGGAGCGGCUGAUGCUGCUCGAGUCCUGGAGGGACUUCGAGAAGGAGUUUGGCACCGACGGCACCAGGGAGCGGGUCAGGAAGCUGCUGCCGGAGAAGGUGAAGAAGAGGAGGAAGCUGACGGCCGAGGACGGGUCGGACGCUGGCUGGGAGGAGUACUACGAUUACAUCUUCCCCGAGGAUGCUGCCAACCAGCCCAACCUCAAGCUGCUCGCCAUGGCUAAGAUGUGGAAGAGGCAGCAGAACAACGACGGUGUCGAGCAGCUUCCGGAAAAUGUUCCAGCCGAAGAGACGUCGCCGCCCUCCGUGGAAGCUGCAGCUUCUCCUGAAAAGCAGCCGGAGAACGAGUCCAGCAGAGAAACUGUGACCGAGACGGAAAAGGAAAACGCGAAUGACGACCGAGAUGAUGACGAUGAUGACAGCAGCAGCAGCAGCGAGAGCGAGGAGGAAGAGGAAGGUGGAGAGAGGAAGGAGGGCAGGAGCAGUGAGGAAGAUAAAGAGUAGGCUCCCGCUCAGAGACACGAGGGGAGUGGACA